AUGAACGGAAGCGCCAGUAAUGGACCAACUCCAUCCAAGUUUGUGUUCAUAAGCGAGUUACCUGCGCUUCCAGCCGCGACCAAGGUAAGAUUCUUAGGCUGUGUGGUUGAAUAUGACAGCCUGAGAGGUCGGCUUCUCCUCGAACAUACCUAUCCGAAGAACGCGCACCCGAUCCCUCGUGCCUCCGUCGAUGUCAAUCUUGUUCUAGAGAGCACACCAUCGUCAGCAUUGGAAAGAGGUAGAUGGAUCAACGUCAUUGGAUAUACUCAAAGCACCCACCACCGAUUUCGAAAGCGGAAGGCGGACUCUGCUCAUGUCCCAGACCAGGCAGUACCUCUGCAGGCAAUUUUGAUCUGGGAUGCCGGGCCGCUUCGAAUAGCGGAUUAUGAAACUGCUCUGGAAGAUCAUAGUCAAAUUCGUCAG